CUUUUUUUUUUUUUUUUUUUUUUAACAAUUGAUCGAAGAUUUAAAAGUUAUUCUAUAUAAGGAAUAGAUGGAAUUGUGCAUUAAUCGUUUAAACGUAUUUUAAACAUAUAGAGAGAGAUAAAUUUCCACGUCGAUGAUCUUAUUACGAUUGAAUUACGAAACGUUAAUCCUUGUCUUGUCUCUAAUUCAUAUUGUAUUAGUUUCUACCGUCUCACGUAUUAUAUUUUUCCAUCCGUGUUCGCGUUUAUACAUUUCCCUGUAUUUAUUUCACUCACGUUACGUAUCAUCCACGUCGAGUUAUUCUAGUCGAGCGAUUCCUCGAUCUCGUUUACCAGAAACUUCGACGAGUUAACUUAGGUGAUUCGUUGACGGUAAAAUUUAUGUUUCACCCGAACGUGCAACGAGAGAGAGAGAGAGAGGCAAGUAUCGGAUUAUCUCGUAUAUCGGGGAUCAUAAAAAGAUGGAUUCUUUGUACGAUGGAGAUUAUUGGCGCGCGAACCAAGAUCUCCGGGUUAACAAAAGGUAAUCGUGGCGAAUUUGUUUUACGCGAGGAAGCUCGAAAUAAUCGCGGGAAAUAAGUUUCCUCGAUUGAAUCAAUUUUUACAAUAACGAUCGCGUGGCUGGUGCAUUGUUUCAUUCCAAGGACGUCUGUCGCUAACUCUGUUCCAUUUUUCCAUUCCGUCAUCGACAUACCGGAUUUCUUUUCUCUUUUCUCUUUUUCUUCGCGAAUUCGUCUUCACGGGUGGUUGGCUGGCGUCGUUCAGCGUUCAUUCCACUCGAUGAAAAAAUUUCCGCUUGCCUCUCACCUAUAUGCAUCGCGCGAUUAAAAAUAAAAGCCAGGUAUUUAAGGAAAAACCCGAUAAUCGUUGCCGUUUGACAUUCUUGGCUCGUUGGAGAAUCGGUAUCGAUGAAAUUCGUUGCCUGAUCGAGGCAACAAGCCUCUCGACCUUUUCAAAUUGCAUUUCCACGAAUAAUAAAUGGUUAUCGCCAUUAUCGAGUAGCAUUAAGGGAUUAUGAAACGUGGCGUUAAACUAUGCAACGAUAUAUCUAGCUAGCGGAGAAAGCGUCCAACUUCUUCGCGUCUCGCUCAGUCGGCUCUCGCGUUUAAUUUAUUCUGAAAAUAGUUGACGAACGAUCUCUCCGUGUCUCUUCUUUCCACGAAUCGUAAACAGACGGGGCUCCCUCGCGCUCGAUCGAGAGGGUUGUGUGCACAAGUGCGCGGCCAUUCAUAGAAAUUUAUGUUAUAUCGAAUCCUUUCUCCUCCUCCUCCUCUUUCUUCUUCUUCUUCUUCUUCUUCUUUUCAUUUUUUUCUCCUCCUCCUCUUCCUCUCCUCCUCCGCGAGAAAUAUCUAAGUAGUGAUGAAAACCGGUUAGCACGCGUCAGAGCCAGUAGAUCACUGUCGUGCGUUAAAGGUAUUCUCGAGAUUACGAAUAAUUUAAACGCGGUGUGUUUGUCUUCGUACUUUCACUUGGGCAUUUUACCGUUACCAACCCUGGGGGGAAAAAAUCGAUUGGCGUGUUGCACGCGCGGUGUCCACGAAGCGAGAUGAUUUUUAUCGACGGAAAAAACGACACAGCUGAUCCGUUCCCCUAGAAACUUUGCCCGGCUUUGUCGAUUUUUGCCUCGCGCACGAACGGAAGGGGGGGAGAUCGGUUACAAGUAUAGAGUUCUGGCUAAUGAUUCCGGGUCAAUUAAUGGAUUUGCUAACACAUCUGGCGCUUGGCAAUUACAUUAUUCAGCGUAGCUUUUAACGCGGGCGAGAGAUUAAAUAUAGGCCUGAUUUCACAAUGAACAACUAGUCGCGAUAAGUACUUCUCUAUCGUACACGGUAGAAAUCUUGCUGGAAGAAACUCGAUUCUUACAAAACUAGGACUAUUUCGAUGGUAAUGAGUUAUGUGUACUGUUCCUCUCGUUGGAUACCGGUGUAGGAAGUUCGUUUAAUUUAACACGCUCGCACGAUGAUAAUACCGUUUUAUGGAACAUGUAAAUCCACGAUUAUCUGGGUUAUCGAAAUUUCAUUGCGUGUUAAUUCCAUUGGAGAAAAGCAACAUCUGUCUGAGUGUUUCCGUUUCUGUGGCUCGCCUUGAACUUGUCCUCCUUAUAACGAAAGAUACAUUGAGAGAGAGACGCGAAAUUCGUGAUAAAAUUCCGAGAAAUUCUCGGAGAAAAAAAUUUCGGAGAGGAAAUUGAAAAAAUUUUUGUGGUUUUAUUUUUUUUUUUUCCUCCAAGAUGUUAAAAUAAAUUGAGAGAAUACCUUAAUUUAUUUAUUUUUUUUUACUCGUUUAUCACAACUGUACGAGAUGAUACGUGCUAUAAAUAAUAUAACCUCGUGUGAAUAACAAUAAUAAGAAAAUAUUCGUUCAUCAAAAAAUUUAUUUUUGUAUAUAUAUAAUAAAUACUUCGUUAAAUUUUUUUCUCGAGAUUUUUUGAGAAAUUUGAGAUUGGAACUUUCGCCGAAUCGACGCAAAGAUUUGUCAAUGAUUUUUCAAGAUUACGUAAAUUCUUUCAAAAAAUAAACAUAGAUUUUAUCAAAGGAAUUUCUCAUAGAGCGAUACAUUCUUGAAAUGUUUCGAUAUCUCCUUCGAUUUUUAUUUUUAGUUUAACGUUUAAUUAACAUUUUCCAACAUCUAUUUUAUUCAUUUUACGAUAAGAUAAGAUAAAAUGAAAGCAACGAUUAUCCAAUCAUAAAAUUAUUUCUAUUAUUAUAUCGAAAAAUUAUUAUAUACAUUCGCGCGUGAAAAAGUAUUUCGCGGCCAAUUUUUUCAGAAGCAGCGAGGCGCUCGUUGAAAGGAAUGUAGUCGGUGGGUCAGGUUCUGGAAAGCCCAGACGCGAAAAUAGCCAACACGCGUUGCUUUUCACUGACAUCGAGAUUCGCCACCGUCCAAGAACCGUUUCAAUCCGAGCGCGAUUCCAUGCUUCACUUUCCUGCAACGUACUUAGACGUUUUCAAGGUGCAUUCGUAAAAAAAAACUUUCUUUUUCCAAUCGACUAUUCCCAAUAAAAAAAAUUACGCCAUUUAAAUUGAUGAUAAUUACCUAACAAAUUUUCUCUCGAUUAAUUAACAUUUUCAUCCAAGAGAAUUAAUCAUCAUAAUUUUUUUUCAAUAAUAAUUGUGCGGCUAGAAUAACUUAACUAUUCUCCAAACGUAAAGAUCAUCGACGUAUGAUAUAGAAAAUAAAUUUGUCGAACAGAAACCGGGGAAUUGGUUCGAUCUAUAAUAACAAUCUCUCUCUAGUCUUGUCUACAUCGAUCGACUUCACAUCUAUCAAUCUCGAGAACCUAAUAUACACACACAUAUAUAGAUAAAUCGUUGACAAACGAGCUCGAUUCGUGACAGGACUUUGUAGAGAUAAUAUAGGGUUAACGGGACUGGGAAAAACGAUGGAAACUGGUGGUCAAGUUGCAACACCACGUAACAUUAAUAACGAUUUACGAAGGAUAAUUAUCUGGUCAAACGACUCCCAUGGCGAAGGAAGCGCGCGCAUUCUCCUCGCGCGCGAUCGACGCUCCAAUUCUUAUUGUUCGUCUCUGGUCGAUAGAGACGAGCUCGGUUUCGUUGCUCCGUUUUCUCUUUUCCUCGUCGCGCGAGGAAAGUAUUUUUAAGAGGGACGAUCGGAACGGAAGAAGAGCAGAUGAUCGGCCCGCGUUCCUCGCCACGGAGGAGAUAUUACCGGCGCGUGGAGCGCGCGAGCGCGUCCUCCGAUAUAUUAAGGGCGUUCUCCAAUAUAACAUAACGCGUAAAGCAUCACGCGUUGCCAUCCGCGAAUACUAUUUAUCCGCGAGUUCCGCGUGUUUCUGCGAGACACCGUCCCCCCAACGAGACGUCCGGUCGGUGGGACAGGGCCGUGUCUGGGGACGCGUCGAUGCGACGUUACGAUGACGAGGAAUGCCGGAUUCUUGGUCGAGAUUAUGCACCACGCGCGUAUAUUUAGCACCCGGUGAACGAUCCUCUCGGAAUCUUGCUAGAUAGAGACAUUGCGAGAUUUUCCACCUCUCGUCUAGAUCCUGUCUCUCUUGUUAGGGGAGGAAGUUCAAUCUUCUCGAUACCAUGGAAAUAGAAACCUUUAGUCGUGCUCAGUCAGGUUUCUAUCUUACCUGCCGCCAUUCGAAUUCUUUCUUCUCUCAGAGAAGCCUAAUUCGUACCUCGUGUUGUACGUGUUUCGAUUCAUUUUCUUCUUCCUCGAUCAUCUUAUCUACGAAGAAAUUCGGCUUAAUCUCCCACGAUCACUUUUCACGCGGCCAAUCCUUUUUUUAGCCCCGUUACCAACGCGAAGUUUUCGUUCGAAAACUGGGAGCCUCCUCUAACGCGAAGAAGGGGUUUCGAGGAUUUUGCCACGACGAUAAUUAUGCACCGGUCGAGCGAGCAGGUGCAAUAAAUUAGACGGACCAAAUCCUCUCUCUCUCUUUCUCUUUGCACCCUUGGAAUUCACCGUGUCCCUUCUGUUUUAUUUAUUUUUGCCGAGGACCGGGCGAAAUCCUCGGUCUCCGCCGUAAAGCCGUAAUUGCUCGUUCGAUUCGAGCGUGCCUCCACCUCGUCUCUCGCACCCUUCCGCUUUUUACCGUCUUUUGUAAUCGCGAGCGCAAUUCCAAUUUCUAUUAUUACCCUUUCUCCUACGAUUGGAUUGUUUUCAGUAGAGCGUGGAUCGUUUUCUAGCGUGUAAUAAACGGCGGGAGUGUAUCGCGAGAUAACGGUCGAGUGGAAAAUUUAUGCAUACCCUUUAGAAUGCUGCGAUUGACACUGUCGGUAUCCCGAAGGAUAAGCUGUAAGUUGGAGCAGAUAAACGCAUAGAGAUAAAUGCAUUGUUCGGCCGACGCGUUGUUGAAAGAGAUUCGGAUAUUGUACGAGACGUGUCGUAACCUUGUUCUCCGCGUUAAGCGAAGCACUUCGAUGUUAUCGGUCGAACGAUACCAACCUGGGACCACCUUGCUGUAAGCAGGAAGCAUUGCUCGGAAGACAAACGAAGCAAGAUCGCAUCGGGAAAUCGAUGUUCCCUUCUCGUCCAAUUUUCAAUUUGCAUAUUUGCAAUCGUAUCGAACACGCUUGUAUCGAAAUUGGAUUUCGCGGAUUCUUUAGAGAUCUCGAGAGCUAGGAGGGAAUAAUGGGAGGAAAAAAAAAUGACGGCGAGUAUAUCUGCUUCGUAACGCGUGUAAUCGAUAACCGAGGGAAUGGACAGUAAUGGUACACGUUGGGACAGAGUGGAUCGGCCCUAUAAAAGGGAAGAACGCCGGGUACGUUCACCUCGUCUUACGUCUGUUCGCAUGCUUUUAUGGUGUUUCGCGUCUCCCCUCCCCUUAUGGUAUCUAGUUCUGCUAGCCUCCAGUUUUUUUAUUCCAUCCCCUUUCUCCCUCGAUAUUCACGUCCGCAAGGCCGCUCGUCCACAUUUUCUUCGCACAAAGAAGAGAAAUCCUGACCGAUAGCAGAACGCAGAACGAGGGGAAACAUCUCCACGAGAUCUUUCUUCCGAAGCUGUAUUCUUGGGUUGGUAUUUUAUCGGCGAGCCGGCGUUGCUUCGCGUCAUUUUAAAUUACAGUCCUAAGCCCUAAGCUUCCGCGAGUUACCGAGAUGAAAGAUUAGAUUUCGAACGCGAGAGAGAGGUUAAAGUUGAAGAAAGAGGAGGGGGAAGGAAUUGGAUUUUUUUUAAAGUCAUCUUGCGCGUUAUCUCGCCAAUAGCCGUGGGAUGAGGAUCGAGGCGAAAUUCACAUAUAUAGCGAUCGCCAUUGAUUCGCGGAGAAAGAUCCAUCUCGAAGCUGCGAAGUCGAAUCUAAAUCGAUCGAUCGACGCGGUCAGCGUCGUGUUUCGAGGUCUCAGGGGUGUAUUUACCAAGCCUUCUCGCGUAUACGGAUUAAUCCUAAAAGUAAAACUCUCAUCGAGGUUAAUGUUGCUUUUGCACGCUCGAUUGUUCGCGCCCCCUUUGAAUUCCAACUCUUCUAUAUCGUAUCGGAUCUCCGGGGAAACCUUUCGACAAUGUGGAUUGUCGACAGGCGCGUCCUUUAAUCGAUACGAUCGGAUCGAUUCGCGAAAGGUUGGCAAUGGUGGCGGAAAGGAAGAAAAUCGAUCGGCUACGCUAUACGCCACCGAAGAUCUUAUUGACGUCACAAAAAUGGCGACACCCGUUACGUUUAUUAAAGGUAUAAACCCGUACGAUAUAAAAGCGACACGAAACGAAGCCGUCAAGGUCCUCAUGGCUGCCGCAUGGCGGCCGAACAACCCUCGGCAACACCAUCUUCCGGUUUCCCAUACGAAGCUGCCGGCCACCGCCGUGGAAACGGAGAAAACCAACCACCCACCGAUGUGUCUAUCGACCACAGACGCCAUUUGCCGGCGCCGUGCUCCGUCGCGACGCCAAGUUCACUGCGCUCCCCCUUUCGACUGCCAGCCGGACUGUGUGUGUUUCCACGCACGAACCGCGACACGACCUCCACGCCUCGGUUCAUUCUCGAAAAAGAAAAAAAAAAGGAAAAAAAAAAAAGAAAAAGAAAGAAAGAAACGAGAGAAAAAGAAAAAAAUCUCGUUUCCUCCCGGAUUUCCAACUGAAUUUUUCUCUCUUCGCUCUGACUCGUGGUUGAGAAUCGUCGGCGCAGGAUGUGGUGUUGUAAAAGACUCGAUUACUCCGAUUGGCCUGUCACUACCAUCGUUCGAGCUGGAGCCGCUUCUGAGGAAACUAACCAAAGGUCCAGUUCUGCACACAAUCGCCACUCUCUCACGAAGGAGCAAACGAUGCACUGGUUCGCCCAAAUCGGAGGUGACGAGGCCUCUCCCGAUUCGUCAGGUAAUAAUCAGAUUGAUGUGAAGCGCCGGCAGAGUCUCUACGACGAGGACUCCCUCGAUGGCGAUCAUCCUAGCGAGAACGAAGGACGGGAGUCGACGGGAAACGCGAAAGACGUGGACAGGGCGAAGCUCGUCCGUGAGAGACAGAACGAAGAACGGCAGCGGAAGUUGGAAGAGCUGAGACAGCAGGCGUUCGCCGCGCAACGUUUCCGGGAGCAACGGGAAGAGGAACGUCGAAGACGCAUCGACGAGCUCAGAUCGCGUGACAAUGACAGACGAAACCAAGUGGAGGAGAGGAAACGGUUGAUAUGCGAGGCGGAAAGAGAACGAAGGGAGGCGAUCCUCCGGAAGAAUCAAGAGAGAGAGGCGCGUAUCGAGGCGAAGAAGAAGAACGAGAGGUCGCACAUCGUGUUCGCUUUUGGAAGCUCGACACCGAGGAUGCUGGAGCCGGCCGACACCGGCGGUUCCACUUUCUGGGGUACACGUCGAGCAACCUCCACCACCAAUGUCAUGAUGUUCUCCGCCGCUCAACCGUUGACCAGGAGGUCUUCCGAAAGAGAGCUCGAUGGCAGCAAGAAACGAGCCACGUCCGCUGGUGGGCUCGAUCGGAAACCUGGCGAAGAUAUGAGAAUGUCCUCGUCCAUGUACGAGGUGUUCAAUUGGAAUUCUAGCCCUGAUCCUCCCUUAACCCCCGCCAAACAUAAGAGAGCCAGCCUCUCUCUGCCUCCUACAACUGACAUCUUUGCCAUCGAUGAUAAGUCUGAUAGCGACACUAGGCGUCCGAUGAUUCAGCGGGCUGCCAGUGGUGAAGAAAGCGACGGAACGCCGGGAACCCCUAGCUCGGUUUAUCUGCGGGUGAACAGGAGGCGCACUGAUCUGAUGCCAACGAUACCGUCGCCGCGUGACGGACCGCCAACAUCCGGGCGUAGCUCGAGCGCAAAGGCCUUCACACGUUCGCCAGGUAGGACUUACUCCAUGUCCAGGCUGGACCAACUGGCGCAGCCUAGGAAACGUCCGACAGAACUUAGCACAUUGACGGAACAGCAAAGCCAGCCUCUGAGCGCUUCUAGCAUGAGUCGCAGCAUGUCACAUUUAGCUGCGUCCGGGGGCAAGAGCCUGAAACGCUCAGAUAACUCUCGUAGCAUGGGUACAUUGCCAGGCGCGGUUCCGAUGCCGAGACCAACGAGGGCCGAGAGACUCCGUCGCAAAGCCCGCGAGCAUCAGAACCAACAGCAACAAGGCAUCCGCAGCGGGGAGGUGACACCGAACAGCCCAUCACGACCGCACAGCUCCAUGAGUCAGCAAAGCGCCAGCAGUGUGGGCAGCAGUAACGUCAAUCUGCGUCCCCGUACAGCUGCCCCGCGUCGACCGCGACCUGCUUCUAUUGCCGGUACCGGUGUUUCGGUCACAGAACGACACAAUUUAGUGAGCGAGACAAAGUCGCCGAAAGAUUCGAAGCCGCCACUGCCAAAGGUCCAUAGCACUCCAAAGAAAACGUCUACACCGAAAUCGGCGGAGAUGAAGAAGCCGAGCGAGAAGCUGGUGAAGAACGCGAAGGCUUCACCCCGGAUAACCCCGAAAGUGACACCGUUGCAGAGUCCUGGCGCCGAGAACGCUCCAUUGAUCCGCGGUAGUACCGGGGAGAUAAUAAAAAGCGAAGGGAAGGAGGAUAAAUUUGAGGAUAAGCACGAGGAGAAGAAAGAUCAAGGCAGCGAGAAAACACAACAGGAGAUAAACGCCGCGGAACAGGGUAACGACGAGGUGAAGAAGCCGGCCGUUAUAGAACAAUCCAAUAUCGUGUCCAAGCAGGCGAAGGACGAGACUAAUUUGAAUCAGGAGAAUCAAUCGGCUGUGCGAUCUCAAGAAACGCCCAAAGCUGCCAAGAAGGAAGCCGAGGCAAAGUCGGAGAGCAACGUGGAGGAACAGGUCGAUAUGUCUGCGUCGAUGAUAGCGAAGAUCCGGAUCACUACAGAAGAGGAAGCUAAGGCAGCUAUAGCUGAACGUAGAAGAUUAGCUAGAGAGCAGGCUGAACGGGAAGCCGAACUUGAACGCCAACGACAGGAGGAAGAAGCCCGUUUAGAGGCCGAAAGAUUGCGCGCCGAAGAGGAGGAACAGCGGCGUUUGGAGGAGGAAACGCUUCGUUUGGCUAACGAAGCUCGAGAAGCUGAAGAACAGAGACUGAGACUGGCGAUAGAGGAAGCGAAACGUCGCGAGGAAGAGGAUAGGAGAAGAAGGGAAGAGGAGGCUCGUCAGAAACAGGAGAAAGAGGAGGCUGAGCGGAAAGCGAGGGAAGAAGCGGAAAGACAGCGGAUCGAAAUGGCGGAACGUGUUAAGAGAGAAGAGGAAGAGAGACUUGCUAGACGUAAACGCGUCGAAGCAAUUAUGCUUAGAACUCGUGGAAAGAAUCAGAGUAACACACCUACGAAGGGUGAAGGUGGUGAUGGCGAUAAGUUGAAAGAAGACAGUCCUAACGAUGAAAAUAAAACAGCACCAGUUAAUAAAAGCGAGGAUGUUAUGACAGCCAGUCUGAUAUCCGAGGCGACUCAACAAUUCAUUAGCGGAGAGCAGCGUGCUCAUCAUACGGAAAACAAUACUACUACGGACAUUGUGCAUAACGGCACGCAUAGUAAUGGCAUUAAUGAAAAUAAAAUUGUAUUGGAUAAUAAUCAGGGUAAUGUGGAAGGAGAACUGAAUGGUCAUCAUACAAAUCAUGGAAACGGUAUCAACAGUCAAUCAAUUACACUGGAUAAUGCCACUGUCAAACAAAACAACGUGACCAACAACCUGUUAGACCUAACGGAAUUCGACUCUCUCAGUAAUAGCAGUAGUGGUCCAAUACUCCAACUGACAUCCAAUUUGGCCAAUGAAGACACCCUCAACUCGAACCUAAAUCCAGCAGCUAUACCUUUCACUCCAAUGGCAAACACGUAUAUGCCUACCGCUGCUAAUGCCAAUGUAAAUCCGUUCCAGGAUUCUUUUAUGAACAACAAACCACAAGAUAAUAGUCAAGUACCAGAUCUUUUAUCAUAAUGCGCGUAUUAAUCAUUCUGGUGAAAGGAAGAAGAGAGCGAUUGGAUUGAAAAAAAAGAAUUUAAAAAAAAUGAAAUGCCUGUGCUUUGCAGCGAGCAACGGGUAUAUAAUAUUCGAAACGAUGUCAUUUAUGAAAUAAUGUAAAUAAGCGCUAUCGAUGUGUAGAAAUGGAGACCUAAGUAGAGAAAAACGGGGGGCACUACGUCAAAAAGAAAAAGAAAAAGAAAAAAAAAGACUACUUUGUCCUUAAACGUCACGAGAAAUGUAAAAUAAUAUAUAAUGUUAAUUAUUAAUAUUAUGUAACAGCAAAUAGGCAACUCAGUCCGUUAUCGUAUGCUAUUAGAUAUAAAUCUUUUUAGAAGAACCUUUAAAGGGAAUAAGGCCUGUUUAUAAAAUUAUUGAUUUGAAAUACGCGUAUAUAUUUUAUUGUAUUAAAAGAAAAAAAUUUCAUUAAAUUAAUUUCACGCGUAAUUAUAAUUCGCCCAUAACGUGUCGCGUUUAGAAAAGUUUUUAUCGAGAAUUGUAAUGGAACGAGAUUUUAUCGAAUUUUGACGACGCGAACAAUCGGUACAAUGAAAUCUUUAUACGUAAACGAACGUGUAAAACGGCUUGACAAACAAGAUAGCACAAGAUAUGAUGAAUUGGUUGAAAUAUUUUACUGAAACUUAUAUCUGCCAAAAUGACGUAGGAGGUAAGCUCCAAUGAUUGUCCUUAUAUAAGAGAUAGUAUAAUAUUACCUAUAGAAUUUGAGUAUAGAAAACGAAUAUAUAUUAUAUACAUAUAGUCAUAUCUAGUAAGAUCUUCUGCAGAUAUGAUGUAAAGAAAAAAAAAAAAAAAGAACACAUUUCUUCCAUACUACAUUUUGGGGCGUGCGCUCACUAGUCAAGCAAUUUUACUGUUUUUAUCAUAUUCUCCUUUUUUUCUUUAUUAUUAUUAUUUUAUUAUUAUUUUUUUUUGUUUUUUUUUAUAUAUAUUAGAAAACUCACCUAAUAUUGGUACUUUAGGUAUCCACUAGAUUUCAUUACUGUUACGUUUUCGCGAAUCUAACAUAAAUUUUCUAGCUGUGAUGAUGACGACGAUGACGAAGACGACGAUUGCAUUGUGAAAUAGCCACUGCAUACGUUUAUAAAAUAAGGAAUCGAUAGUAUCGUUACUUUGUUUGUAAAUGAUGUUUUGCUAUAGUUGCGAUAGAAAAUGAAACACAAAUCUACGGUAAAAUGUUUCAAUAAAAGAUGAUACAUUAGCAUAAUUAUGAUAGAAAUUUUUAGCAAGGAGCUCGAAUAAUUCGUGAAAAUUGUGUGAACAAAAUUCCAAGCUCGUAUUGCGUUAUCCAUUAUCGUAGUGGCUAUUCAUUCUAGUGGUAUCAUACUCUAGUAUACAGAUAGAAGAUCAUAAUUUUAAAGCCUGAUGUUAUCGAGCAAACAUUGUAAUUGGUGUCUAUGACAUGAGUUUAUUUGUUACUAUUGUGGCAUACUAUUAUGAAAUCAAUUAGCAUGCUUUGUGUUUAACACUUGCAAAAAAGUGCGUAAUAUUGUCCCAUAUACAAAGUUGUUUAUACGAGGAAUAAUAAUAAAGUAUAAAUUCGAAUAUCUUGGUUUUCAAGUAGCAGAGAUGAAAGAAAUAUAAAAAAAGAGAAAAGUCAUCGACAUGAAAGGAUAUCACGAUAUAUCACGACUCUAUGCAAACUCCAUGUACCGUUUGUUUUCUCUUUCUUUUCUUCUCUUUUUUUUUUUUUUUUAACCUUUUCAUGUUUGUGCUACGUACAAUAUUAAGAGUUCUCUUAUGAAUUCUUUCCGCAUACGUUCUAUUGCGAUCGAUUUAAAAGAAAUUUCACGCUGCAUGCUUGUUACCGGUUUUUUCUCCCUCCCCCCUCAAAAUUGUUUAAUUUAAGAACGUCGAGCACACAUAUAUAUAUAUAUAUACAUAUACAUAUAUAUAUAUGUAUGUAUGUAAUGCCGCAGUGUUUUGUAUCCCAAAAUGAUUUCUCUUACGCAAAACCUAAGAAUUAAUAUUUUAACGAUAACGAAAAAAAAAAAAUAUAUAUGUAUUUUUAUCGAGAAAUUUUAGCACAUUGCUGUACAGAAGCAUUACAAUCCUAAGACACUUUAAUCGCCUAAGCUUCUUAAGCGCGUAGUUAACGACAUCGAUACGAGGAUUCAAAUCAGUUUUACGUAUCAUAACUCGAUAAUCCACGCGGAUUAUUUUUAAUCAUAAAACUAUGUCGUUGCUUUCCGAGACAGAAUUUACGCAAUGACUUAUAUUAUCGAGUUUAUUUAUUCAAACUAUUCUAUUCGGUCUAACUAAAACUAUUCUAUAAGGACACGUAAUAAUAAUAACUAUAAUAAUAAUAACAAUAAUAAUAAUCCCAAUACAUACGAACAAAUGUUUCUAAACAUACAAAUACUGAGAAUGCUAAAUAUCAUCAGUCAUGUCUAAAAAUACUUCGUAUUGUAUAAAUGCUUGUAUGUAAUAAAUACUUAAUAUUGAAAAUAAA